GGUGGGGCGGGGCCAAGCACCGGGCGGCGGCGGUGGAGACGAGCAUAAGCUGCGGGUGCGGGCGGACCAGUCGACUGACCAUGGCCUCCAAAUGCCCCAAGUGCGACAAGACCGUGUACUUCGCUGAGAAGGUGAGCUCCUUGGGCAAGGAUUGGCAUAAGUUUUGCCUCAAGUGUGAGCGCUGCAACAAGACGCUGACGCCAGGGGGCCAUGCUGAGCAUGAUGGGAAGCCCUUCUGCCACAAGCCUUGCUACGCUACGCUGUUUGGACCCAAAGGUGUGAACAUCGGUGGCGCAGGCUCCUACAUCUAUGAGAAGCCUCCAGCUGAGGGGACCCAAGUCACCGGCCCCAUUGAGGUCCCUGUGGCCCGUGCUGAGGAGCGGAAGGCCACUGGUCCCCCAAAGGGGCCCAGCAAAGCUUCCAGCGUCACGACCUUCACAGGGGAACCCAACAUGUGCCCCCGCUGCAACAAGAAAGUCUAUUUCGCCGAGAAGGUGACGUCUCUAGGCAAGGAUUGGCACCGGCCAUGUCUGCGCUGCGAGCGCUGUGGGAAGACCCUGACGCCCGGUGGGCACGCCGAGCACGACGGCCAGCCCUACUGCCACAAGCCCUGCUACGGAAUCCUCUUUGGACCCAAGGGCGUGAACACUGGGGCCGUGGGGAGCUACAUCUAUGACCGGGACCCUGAAGGCAAAGUUCAGCCUUAG